GAGCCUCUACUUCAGUCAAUCCUCUUUGAUCAUCCUUAUCCGUUGCACUUCUCCCCUCAACCAUUAUAAUCCUGAAAGAAAUAUUAUUCAGUUGAUUCUCCGUGGUCGUCGUCAUUUCACCCCUGACAUUAUUCCAACUCCUCCAGACAAUUCUGUCAUCAAUAACAAUUCAUCAGUUAAAAAAAAUAGCCGCCGAGAGAAGAAAAAGAUCCCACGUCAGUGCGGAUAUGUAAACCACUAUAAACUAAUAUAAACGGAUAUAAAUCCUCGAGUUAUGUGUGAGAAUGAACUCAGAGGAAAAGUAGACUCUCUCCUUAUUCUCCAUUGGCCAUAAUUCCGGAGGAAAAAAAAAGGGAAAAAGUCUAUCACAUAGUAGAUCUGCCGAAAACAAAUAUAGGUGAAUGAACGAGGGAAAAACAUCGGGUAUUGGUGGAAAAAGUGUAGUGACCCUCGAUUAUGUCGCACGUUUAUGUGAUCGGUCAUGAGAAGGCUUGCGCAACUCACUGAUGCAUCACUGGUGUUGGCAUUAGCCAUGUAAUAACCUUACAUAGUGAUAAAACUCAUUGGCCCACUGCAUAUGUUCAUUUUAUGUUUUCUUAUUUUCGGUGUGACAAGUGGAACUUGUAUUUUAUCGUGAUUGUGUCCUGUGAAGGGCGAUAAACGAGUCUAUUUACCUGGAUGAUGUGAAGGCGUUGCCCCACAUCGGCGUCGUCGCCGUCGUGGGUUUAUCUUUUUGUUUUUUAUUUUUAUUAAUUUUAUUCUUCAUGAUGACAAAUUUCGCCCUUAUGAGCAUUUGAUUUGAUGCCAGCGCCUAAUCAACCUGAUUAUCUCGUUUAACGACAAAUCGUGGAGGCGUUGAAUAUCUUCCUAAAUUAUCAUUUGAUUUGUGCAUACGAGUUAUUGAGUUUGAGGGUGAAGGAGCGGCUGGGGCACGUAAACAAUGGCUCAGUUAAAUAUUAGCACCGGAAAAAGGGGCAGAGGAGUUGUUGCCAGUACUUCAGCAACAGCUGUAUCAGCAUCAAGUAGCUCCACAGAUUUGGCUAGUUUGUUCGAGUGUCCUGUUUGCUUCGAAUACGUCUUACCACCGAUUCUGCAAUGUCAGAGUGGACACUUGGUCUGCAGCAAUUGUCGACCGAAGUUGAGCUGUUGUCCAACGUGUCGUGGUCCAUUAGGUAAUAUUAGGAAUCUUGCGAUGGAGAAGGUAGCGAGUAACGUUAUGUUCCCCUGCAAAUACUCAACGUGUGGUUGCACCGUGUCAAUGGUGCACAUUGAGAAGCCCGACCACGAGGAUGCUUGUGAAUUCCGUCCAUACAGCUGUCCUUGUCCUGGUGCAUCCUGCAAAUGGCAGGGAUCCCUCGAGGAAGUGAUGCCCCACCUUGUUAUGAGCCACAAAAGCAUCACAACACUUCAAGGUGAAGAUAUCGUAUUUUUGGCGACAGACAUUAAUUUACCGGGUGCUGUUGACUGGGUCAUGAUGCAGUCAUGCUUCGGUCAUAAUUUUAUGCUCGUUCUGGAGAAACAGGAGAAGUACGAUGGGCACCAGCAAUUUUUUGCUAUUGCCCAGUUGAUUGGAUCACGUAAACAGGCGGAAAAUUUUUCAUACAGACUAGAGUUAAAUGGUAAUCGUCGUAAACUCACCUGGGAGGCAAUGCCACGUUCAAUACACGAGGGUGUUUGUUGUGCUAUCUUAGCAUCGGAUUGUCUUGUUUUCGAUACGUCUAUCGCACGACGUUUCGCCGACAAUGGGAAUCUCGCGAUAAAUGUCACAAUAUCGAUGGUUUAACUAAAAAAUUUAAAAUUAAACGAGAGAUAAUGAUUAAUCUUAAUUCAUUAAUUUUGCACUAGAUGGAUGAACUAAGGAUUUACGUAUUCCAGAGGAAUAUCAUGGGAUGAAUAGUUAUUAUUUUAUUCGGUUUAUUUCUGAUUCAAUUAUUGCGUAAAUCAUUAAUGAAAGUUUAGACUGAAAACGAAAAAUUGAAAAAUUAUGUACAUUGUGGUAACCAUAGCGAAUUAGCUUUGUAGAAUAUUACUAUUUGAUCUAAGGUUUACGAGGAAUAAUUAUGCAAAAUUAAGUAAUGCUGUGAAUAAUAUUAUAAUAUUCGGUGCAUUAUCUCUGUACCAUUUUCCUCCCAAUGAAACAACUCAGAAAAAUUCAACAAAUCAAUAGUUGUCCCGCGUUAUAUUUUUUUUUGUAUGAUUUAUUUGAAUACAUCCUUUUCCUGCAUAUUCAACGCAUAUGAAUUAUAAAUCGUCUAAUGUUUCAAAUAAUUAUUGACUGCCUCGAGGUGAUAUCGAUCUUUGUAAAAUUCAAUUUUCUGUAUUCUCAUUCCAAAUUGCACUCGAUGAUGAAGAAUUUCUAGACCGUAGAACGAUUUAAUGAUAAAAAUAAAAAGAAAAACGCUUCAAUUCAUGUUCUCGACUAAUUUUUUCUGAAUGAAAAAUUUAAUUUGUAAUGAUGUAAUGGUUAAUAGUCAAAAAAGUGAUAUUCGUUUGGCAAUUGAGAUUGUAGAAAUUCAUUUGCAUACGAACUUAUAAAUAUUUUUGAUUAAUCGGGCCUUUUUUGUAAAUACUAUUGCUGAAAGCAUUAUAAUGGGGAUGAAUUUUUUUCAUCGAUGAUCAUCACUUUUUCGAUAUCCAUGGGAAGUGGUGAAAUGUAAUGAUUUAUCUGUAAAAGUUUCUCAUUUUGCAUUUAUACGCGAGAGAAUCGUCGCCAAGCCCAUUGAGUUUCAAAUAAAAUAUUUCACUGUCGAGAUCGUUCUUUAUUUGUAAAUACGAUUAAUCGUAACGCGGAAAAGAAUUUCUUCCCCGAUGAUUACCAUUUAUUCAAAAUUAUUGGACGUCACUAUUAAAAAAAUGUGCGUACCCUAUUACAUUUCACCACUUCUUCGAAAUUUCAUUCAUUCAAACAAGAAAAAAGGAAUGAAAACAUUUUGUACAUAGCUUCCUAUUCAGACAAAACCAAGAAAUGUAUGCAAUUACAAUUACUACAAAUAAAAAAUAAAACAAUAAAAAAUUA